AUGCCACCUCCCAGCCCAACUGGCGCGGGACCCCCACCCGGCACGCCCGCCUGCGCCGCGUCCGCGGGCGCAGCGUCGGCGCAGCAGCUGCUGCAGCCGCAGCAGGAGCGCGGCCCUUACCAGCAGCCAUGCGCCCCGGCCGGCGCUGCCGACGGCGCCACCAACGUGGGCGGCGGCGGCGGGGGCACGGCGUUGCUUGGCCUGCGGCUCGUGGGCGUCCGCGGGUGGCGGUUCAGCCAGCAGGCGGAGGACAUAGAGUGGCUGAUGCUGUUUGCGUCCCCAGACGGCUACUCCCGAGCCUCGGCCUGGCAGGUCGUCUACUCCAUCGCCGACCGCCAGCAGUGGGACGAGAUCCAGCGGUUUCUGCUGCCGCAGCUGACCGUCCUGCGGAGCCUCAUGCGCAGCAUGCUGUUCGGCGCCGCCGGCUUCCUCCCGCCACCCG